GCUUUUAUAUUUAUAUCUGCUGUUUUACCUAAUCUCAGCUAAUUCUCUAUUUAACAUCUAGUUUUACCUGGGCUGACAGGUGUAUUUUUAAGCUGUAAAUACCACAAAUAAGACAUACAGAAAUUUUCUUACCCUGUGAGGCUGAUCAAGGUCCUUUUCUAAUAUGUCACUGAACAUCUGAAUUCUCCCUUUCUUCCAACAGCUUCUAGUGCUGGUUUUGGCUAAGAUAAAGCGGGCAGUGCUGUUUGGAUUCACUGCCUAGCUGUAUUUCCAUCUCAUUCAGUGGCUGGGGUAGGAUGGCUAAUUGGGCAGGCAGCUUGUGCAGGCAGCUCUGGAGAAAUAGAGAGGGAAAGCAGAGCUGUGCAUGGCCAGCUUGAUGCCUGUGCCAUUGUGAGCACCAGCCCAGCUGGGACACUGAGUCAAGGAGCUUUUUGUAGAUCCACAGAAUCAUUUAGGUUGGAACAGCCCUCUAAGAUCAUCGAGCCCAGCUGCUCCCCCAGCAGUGCCAAGCCCAUCACUAACCCAUGUCCCCAUGUGCCACAUCUACAUGUCUUAUAAAUCCCUCCAGGGAUGGUGACUCCACCACUGCUCCGGGCAGCCCAUGCCAGGGACUGACAACCCUUUUGAUGAAGAAAUUUUCCUAAUAUCCAAUCUAAGCCUCCAUUGGUUCAACUUGAGGCUGUUUUCUUUUGUCCUGUUGCUUGUUUCCUGGGAGAAGAGACUGUUUGACUGUUUACACACACACAUGCAGGGACAGAUGGGCAAAUGGCUUGGGAAGUCCCUGUGAUUCGUGGUACAGAAACUCCUGUGGAUGGUCCUUUUUGUUACACAGUAGGUAAAAACUGGAGCAGCUGAGAUGUAUCUUAACCAGGGAGAGAUCUGAAGGCAGGGGGGAAAAAAGAUGUUUUGAAAUGGAGUAAAACUUGCUGCCAGGUUUUCCUCUGAGAGCAAGUCCAAUUUCUUUCUCUCUUUUUUUUUUUUUUUCCUUUUGGUGCUGUGCUAUUCCUCUGUGGGCAGGAGGCUGCAGGCAUUUCAAUUCUCUUCUUCAAGUCCUUGUUUCAAAAAGGGCCCAAAAUAUGUUCUCUUCUAAGAGGCAGUAAACAGCAAGUGCACAAUUCGGCUUCUCUAAGCCUCUCUUCUCCUGUCUCAGGGAGAAAGGAAUUCACCAAGCCCUAGAGCCUGACUCACUCGCUGUGUGAGCAUGAAUUAACCAGGAAUGUUCGAGAAUUAUUCCUGAAUAAUUCAUGAACCUGAAUUAAUCAUGCAUUUUCAUGAAUUAUUCAUGAAUAACUCAUGGAAAUGCAAGGUUUAUUCAUGCUCCAAAAAACCCAAGGCUUUUUCUCUUCUAUUCUGCUCUCUCUCCCCGUAAGAAACAGACCUGAAACAAGCUAAGGAAAAAAAUAAUUGAGGACAGCAGGUGGGAGCUUUCCAAGCCAGACAAAGGAGACCUGACAAGGAACUGUGGUGAAGGGACAAGCCCAAGGCAAAGAAGUGUCUGGUCACCACCUCUCCCGGAACAGGCAGCUGAGACCUGGAGAGACAGGAGACAUCUUGCAAGACUCAACACCUGGAGCAGUGCUAACCAGGUGGGCAGCCCUGAUGUCAGCCAAGCUCUACGUCCUCAUCAGCUGGCCCGACGGCAGCCGGGUGAUCAACAUGGAGAACAUCAAGGAGCCCCGCAAGCCCUUCCACCUCUACACGGUGGGUGAGCAGGUGCUGGCCCGCUGCCCCGGCUUCAGUGGCCUCUACUGGGGCAUGGUGGAAGGCAUCAGUGAGCACAAGGAUAUUUUAGAGAAGAAGCUGCUGGAAGACAGGCAGCUCCUGGAGAAGUUAAAAGCAGAACCGGCUGUCCACAGCAUGAUGCCAUCCCCACCAAAAAAAUCCAGGAAAACCUUCCCAAAAUGGGCCCCGGGGAAUGCAUCCAGGAAAUACCAUGGUGACAGGGCCUACCCUGCAAAGCCACUGCUGAGGGCAGGUGAGGACAGCCUGCCCCAUGACGCUGGCAGCUCCUCCAUCCUCAAGGAGAGACGUGUCCUGGGUGCUGCAGCAGGAAGCCCCUGCUCACUGGCAGGUCCUCCUCACCCAGCCAGUGCCUUCACUCCUCCAUCCACCUUUAUCACCAUGGCCAUGCCGGGGCCAGGGACUUCCCAGGGUGAAGAGGAGAGGGCUGGUCCAGCUACCAGAGAUUAUGUUGCCUUGCCAAUGAAGAGGAAGUCAGAUGGCAUCUUGUCCCAGUGCCAGCAACACAUCUGUCUGAACAGCCGUGAAGAGCAAAAGAUUGACGCUUUGCAAGAGAUGGAUGACUUUGAGAGGGUUCAAAAAAGUUUCAGUCCUGGUGAGAUGGAAAGGGUGGAGAAGAUAGAGCAGCUGGAGAGGAUGGUGUUUGACCUCCAACAGGAUGUCCUCUCUCUGAGGAAGAAGGUGCAGAGGCUGGAAUCCCUGUCCUUCCAGGAGGAGCCCCACCGGCAGCCGUGCGAGGUGGUGGAGCUCUUCAACGGCUACACCAAGGAACAGCUCAAAGAAACCAUCAGGUUUGACCAGAAAAUCAGCACAGCCUGCAAGACACUGCUCUACAAGCUCUUCACCUCUGACUACAUCCAGAGCCACUCUAUCACGGGGCGGAGGGGCAACACCUUCCGGGAGGCAAAACCCAUGAUGGACGAACGCUGCAUCAAAAUCAUCAGGGUGCUGUUGAAGCAGAAGUUUGGAGAUCACCUCAGUGACACCGUGAUCACAGAGAAGAUACAAAAUGUGCAGAAAGCCCUGAGGCAGAAGUUUAAGACAGAAUGUCUCUGAGGCACGGGGGGUACUUGGUGUCUCCUCCUGCCAUUCUUGUGUGUGCACCUGAGCAGCCCUCCCGGGAAAAGAUGAGUCCAAUCUGCUGCUGUCCAGUUGAUUUCCCCCAAGGAGCCAAUCCAAGGGAACCAUGUGCUAAACACAGCUCAAACCUUUCACUGCCAAACCUCUGUCCACGUUGAUUGAGCAGGAAUUCUGCCCAGCUUGGCCGAGUUUUUGCACAUCUGCUAGCACUCUACAGGUUCCUUCCUACCCAGUCUGUGUGUGAACCUCACUGUGGGUGCAUGUAAUUGUCUCUAUGACUUUUUGAUGACGUGCUCAGAAGCUGAGGGCUCCCACUGGGUCCAGGUAUGGGUCAGUAAGUCAGCUGUGUUUAACCUUGCAGUGGGUUAGGGAGAAAUGUUGGCUCUGGGAUAGGGAGUCCAGCUGUGGAUGGAGUGUGUGUCACCUAACAGGGCUUCUCUCUGCAUGAUUCUGGUGUCCUCCUUCUGCCUGUGGGACAGUAUUUGUUCUCUUUGCUCCCAGUGAAUGUGUUUUACAGUUUCCUGCAGUAACUGAACAGCAGACUCAUAAACAGCACCAUAAAACUUUCAGAGAAAGAUAAUUUCAUUUUUUUCCCCCUCUAUUUUAAUGUAGCUGUAUGGAAGAAUUGUCUUCACUUACAAAAACCUCCUGAAAAAUAGAAAUGGCCACCCGUGGAAAUUACUUUGCAUUAAUUUUCCUUUCAAGACCAGAUUAUUUCCAUGGAGAAAUCCUGUGCAUUUUCAUGACACAAGAGUGAGGGAUGAAGGACAAAAUAUGGCCCACUGUAGUUACAUCUUUACUUCAAAGAUCAGACAUGCUAUGGACACAGUUACCAUAAUUUAAAUACAGUAUUUUUAUCCUAGUUAAGAAAUGCCAAGUACAACCAGAGAGUUUGCUGAGAGACUAUAGAGAAGGGCUAGAAAGACACAUCUUUUCCUAAAUAGUCCAGUGCUGGAGUUUGGGUGGCUUAAAAUUGCUUUUAACAUUAAAAGAAUAAGAUGCUGACACCAGUCCACUUAACAGAAGUGCUGCAAAAUGCCAAACAUUCUCCUUUACAAAGGCUUCUCGAACCAGAAAUUGGUUUUCUAAGCUUAACUUUUAAAUUAUUCAGGAAAAGAAGUGUCAGUGGUUUUGCAUUAAUCAAAACAUUUGGUUUAAUUUAUAUGUUUUGUUGUGUUUUCAAGUAUUUAAUUUCUUCAGAGUUACAUGAGAAAUAAUAAGACAAAAUAAAUGUAUUGGAAAAACAA